GAUGUGAAAAUGGCGUCUCUUGUAAUUAUUUCAUUUAAUUAUCCUCUUUUUAAUUCUGUGAUAUUUUAAAAAAAGACAAUUUUAAUACAUGUGUUGAUACAGUGACAAUUUCCCAAAAUGGUUGUGUGGAAAACCGUUAAGGAGAAAGAUCGCUUCGGAAUAGCAAUAUACAAUUUAAAUCCAGACGUGGUCCACUGUGGAAUCCAAUUAAUCGUAGGAGAAACCGUAGAGCUUCUGCUGGAGUCAACAGAUUGGUAUUAUGGCUUCAGUCGAAAGAGAAAAGACAGACAUGGCAUCUUCCCGAAGAGCUAUGUACAUGUUGCUGAGUUUGCUGUCGAGAAAGCAGGAGGUAAUUAUGACAUGGUCACCUUAAAGCAACCAAUAAUUGUGCAGGAAAUCACAGCUGUCUUACGAGAAUGGGGCACAUUGUGGAAAAAUUUAUAUGUUACUCACAGUCCUCACUUCGAGCAAAUCCAGAAACAAAUCUACGACUUGAUCCACUAUCGGAUAAAAAUUCUCUCCGGGACUCUGCCAGUGGACGAAGUGAAAGAGAUCAAACAAUUGGUCACAGCAAAAAUCGAUACUGGAAAUAAAAUUUUAGGUUUGGACAUGGUGGUCAGAGAUGACCACGGAAAUGUUUUAAAUCCGGAUCAUACUUCUACAAUUCAAUUGUAUCAGCAACAUGUUAUGGCCACUGAGAGGAUAAAAAGAACCACGUCAACAGAGCCAAGAAGACGUUCCAACAAGCACAGCUCGCACAUAUAUUCCCACAUAUUUUUUGUGUCCGUGAGGAAUUUUGUGUGCAAAAUGCAAGAAGAUUGUGAAUUGUUGAUGACUUUAUAUGAUGCUAAAGAAUGUAGAGCAGUUACAGAAAAUUAUGUCGUCAGGUGGUCCAAACAAGGAUUGACCAGUGAUAUAGAUCAGUUGCACAACUUAAAAGUUUUGUUUACGGAUUUGGGUUCAAGAGAUUUAACCAGAGAGCGUGUUUAUCUAGUUUGUUAUGUUGUCCGAGUUGGUUCCAUGGAUAGCAAAGACACUUUAGAUCACAGAAGGUCAUCUGUCUUAAACAGUUCUGCAUCUAAAAGUAUUUCUUCAAAUUCUCUUGGAUCCAAUGUCAGUGUUGGACCUGGUGCCAGGCAAUUCGAGGGAAUGCGUAGACCCUUUGGUGUUGCUGCAAUGGACGUAACACCAUUUUUAUGGGAAAAAAUGGAUGGUGAUGAAGAUAAGCAUCAUUUUGUACCAUUUAUGCCUUGCUGAUUAUAUAAUAAUAUUUUCAGUUGUGAAAAGGAUAAUUUGGAUAAUACAUUGAGGAAAAUAAUCAAUAAUAAGGAUCAGGGUAAAAAUGACAAUAGAGGACAAGGACUUUGGGUCAGUGUCAAGUUGUUACACGGUGAUAUAAAACAGGUAAAGGAAGAAAAUCCAGCUCUGGUUUUAGGCAAUGUAUCAGUAGCCAGGAAAAUGGGUUUUCCUGAAGUAAUAUUACCAGGAGACGUUAGGAACGAUUUAUAUCUGACAUUGCUGUCUGGUGAAUUCUCUAAAGGUGCCAAAUCGACUGAUAAAAAUGUUGAAGUGUCUGUUACUGUUUGUGAUGAAGCAGGGAGAGCCAUACCUGGUGUUAUGACUUUAGGAGGUGGUGCUCCAACGUUAGAUGAGUAUAAAUCUGUGAUUUAUUAUCAUGUUGAUAAACCACAUUGGUAUGAAAUUUUUAAGGUGGCUGUGCCAAUAGAUGAGUUCAAAGCCUCUCACCUUAAAUUUACAUUCAAGCAUCGUAGUUCAAAUGAAGCAAAAGAUAAGUCAGAAAAACCAUUUGCAAUGUCAUAUGUUAAAUUGAUGCAAAGUGAUGGGACCACACUCAGGGAUCAAACACACGAUUUACUAGUUUAUAAGAUUGACCACAAAAAGUAUUCAGACAGCGACUUAGGCUACUUAGGGCUUCCAUCUCAUAAAUCAUGCGAAUCUUUAAAAGAAAACCACAAACCAAGCUGUCCAGGUUUAUCAUUAAGCUCAAAAGAUUCUUUUCGAAUUGCUACGAAUGUGUGCAGCACCAAACUAACACAGAAUGUUGAUUUGUUGGGUUUAUUAAAUUGGGCGAACCACAAGGAUACGCUCAAGGACUCCUUGUUAGCUCUUAUGAAAGUUGAUGGUGAUGAUAUAGUUAAAUUUUUACAAGAUGUACUUGAUGCCUUGUUUAAUAUUUUGGUUCAAAAUGAUGACAGUCAAGUAUACGAUAACAUGGUAUUCGAAUGCCUACUAAAAAUUCUAAGUUUAGUCAGUGAUAGAAAGUAUCAACAUUUCCAACCCGUCCUAGAUUUAUAUAUACAAGAAAGCUUUUCAGCCACUUUAGCUUAUCGAAAAUUACUGACAGUAUUAAAGUAUCACAUAGACAAUGCUAACUCUGCAGAAAGCCAAGAUUUAUUGUUGAAAAUUAUGAAGUCUUUGCAGUAUCUUGUUAAGUUUAUUGUUAGGUCUCGCUUGCUGUUUGCUGAGCUGUAUGAUAAUAAAAAUGAGAGUGAAUUUAAUGAUGACUUUCAGAAUCUUUUCUGGAGCAUAACAGACAUGAUGUGUUACACAACUGGAGUAACUCUAUUGCCGCAAGGGGCAUUUUUAAAAUACUUACCGACUACAAUUGAUGAUAUCUUGCAAGUCUAUAACGGAAAACAAUUAAGUAUUCUUAUAACAGAACUAAUCCAAAAAGUGCCAGCAAACAGACUAGCAAAACAAAAAAUCAUGACUGUGAAUUCUAUAGUUUUAAGUUCUUUGUUUCGACAACCUGAAUGCAGGCAGGUUUUACUUCCGAUGAUCUGUAGGCAGGUUAAAGAUCUUUUAGAAACCAAAGAGGAGGGAGGGCACUGUGUCGGAGUGGAGUUGCGUAACAAGUCGAAAUCCGAAGCGAAAUUGGCUAAGAUGCUCGGGGAAUCCAAGCAGAGGCUGCACGAGCACAGGGGCAAAGUCAAUGAAAGAAUGGAAUGUUGUGCAAAAAUCUUAAGCGACACCAUGAACUUACUCUUCACAUCAGAUUUGGGUCCCACGAUGUCUGAUAUCAGAAUCAUCAUGUUAUCCUUACUCAGAACUGUUAUUCAAACCAUAGUGGCUAUGGGCAAUGAGAACACCAUGGUGGGUAAUUUUGUGGCAAUAAUGCUAGCAAUCUUUCGACAAAUGACAACAGUACACUUCGAAGAGUACAUUGGCCACUUUGCAACCAGGACAGAUCUCCUUGAUUUCCUCAUGGAGAUUCUGAUGGUGUUUGAAGAUCUGGUAACGAGGGCUGUUUUUCCAGCGGACUGGUGCGAUAUGAUCAUGCUGCAGAAUUGUGUUGUGCUGAAGUGUCUCACACAUUUUUCACAUGCAAUGAAAGAGCAUUUCUUCAGCUGCUUCGAUCACCAGGCCUGGAAUAAUUUCUUCCAUUGCACAAUAGCAUUUUUAACACAACCAGCUUUACAAAUCGAAACAUUCUCAUCGAGCAAACAAGCCAGGAUUAUUUCGAGGUACAAAGAUAUGAGAAGAGAAGCUGCUUUCGAAAUUAAAGCUAUGUGGAUUAAUUUAGGUCAAUACAAAGGACAAUUUGUACCAGCUUUAGUCGGUUCAAUUCUAGAAAUGUCUCUGAUACCGGACAAGGAAUUAAGAAAAGCGACCAUACCAAUCUUCUUUGACAUGAUGCAAUGUGAAUUCUACUCUUCAAAACAUCUACCAGAGUCCUACGGAGACACUAAGAGGGAUUCAAGUCACAUUAAGGGAAGGUUUACUGAUUUUGAGAACGAGAUGAUUGCUAAAUUAGAUAUACUAGUUGAGGGUGGUCGUGGAGAUAGUCAAUAUGCGCAACUUUUCAACCAAAUUUUAAUAAAAAUGUGUGAAUCACAUAACAAUCUUUGUGAACAAGGUAAACAAUUUGUAAACACAGUCACCAGACUCAUGGAGAAAUUGUUGGAGUACCGUUGCAUCAUAAAUGAUGAAAACAAAGAGAAUCGGAUGGCCUGCACAGUCAGCUUACUGGAUUUUUAUUCUGAGAUUAACCGUAAAGAAAUGUACAUCCGUUACGUGAACAAAUUGUGCGAUUUGCAUUUAGAAUGUGAUAAUUAUACAGAAGCUGCUUAUACUCUAACUCUGUACAGCAAUUUAUUGACCUGGUCUGAUGUUCCUUUGUCACCGUUGCUAAAGUCACACCAGAAUGCUGCUGCAGGAUUACAGACUCAUCGAGAACUAAAGGAGUCUUUGUAUAAUGAUAUUAUACAUUACUUUGAUAAGGGAAAGAUGUGGGAGUGUGCUCUGGAGGUUUGCAAAGAGCUUGCAAAACAGUAUGAAGAGGAAGUAUACGAUUAUACACAAUUAAGUGCUUUGCUAAAACAAAUGGCACAUUUUUAUGAAAAUAUCAUGAAGCAAUUGAGAGCAGAGCCUGAGUAUUUCAGAGUUGCUUAUUAUGGAAGAGGAUUUCCACCAUUUUUGCAAAAUAAGGUAUUUGUUUAUCGAGGCAAAGAAUAUGAACGUCUAUCAGAUUUCAGUUCUCGUACCUUGAAUGCUUUACCAAAUGCUGAACUUAUGUCUACGUUGACACCUCCUGGUGAUGAAAUUAAAGAAUGCAAUGGGCAAUAUGUGCAAAUUAAUAAAGUCGAGCCUGUGAUGGAAGAUAAACAAAAUCGUUUCUCUGGGAAACCUGUUAGUGAUCAAAUAUUGAAAUAUCACAAAGUCAACAAUAUUAAGACUUUCAAGUUUUCAAGACCGUUUUAUCAAAGAGAUUCUUCUAUUGGUGAACAAAAUGAAUUUGCAACAUUGUGGCUCGAGAGAACUAUAUUAAAAAUUAGAUCACCUCUGCCCGGUAUCUUGAGGUGGUUUCCUGUAGACCAAACUCAAACAUUCAACAUAUCUCCAUUAAGAAAUGCUAUAGAAACAAUGGAAGCUGCAAAUAAGACUUUACGAGAUUUGAUAAUCAGUUACAAGAGUGAUCCUACUUUACCAUUAAAUCCUUUGAGUUUAAAAUUAAAUGGAAUUGUGGAUGCUGCAGUGAUGGGUGGAGUGACAAAUUAUGAAGUAGCCUUCUUCACCGAUGAAUAUUCUGAAGCUCAUCCGGACGACACUAUGCUGAUUCAGAAAUUGAAAGAUUUGAUUGCUUCACAAAUACCGUUACUAGAACUUGGAAUUACACUGCACAAACAAAGGGCUCCACCAAGUCUGAUGCCUCUCAAUAACAGGCUUGAGCAAUGCUUUUUGCAAAUGAGAGCACACAUUGAAGAAAAAUAUGGAAAGAAGACUUGUGAUGUGAAAUUGGACCGAGAACCCCUAGUGACAAUGAGAUCUCAUUUUUCAACACGGAGUGGAAUUUCACAAUGCAGCAGCAACAAUGGUGCUAUUGAUGGCAACAAUCGAUUAUCAGAAGUCAGCAUGGGGUCAUCAGACGGUAGCAGAUCUCGAGUAUCAAGUUUGUCUCGAUCACAAACCAACUCGGUGUCUGGUAAAUUCAACUUUUCUACGUCUUUCAAUUUGACUAACAUGAAUACCACAUUGUCAUUGACAAGAAAUUCUCAUAGCAAUUCAAACAAUAAAAAUUCAGUUUUGAGUUCAUCACAAUCACCUUCUCCUACUAAAGCUAAACGAGAAAAGGAUAAAAUACCAUCAAAGAGAAGAUCCAGCAGAAAGUUGGAUCGAGAAGCCCUAUCUCUACAACUAACAUCAAACCAAACCUCUUCCAAUUACACAUCAACACCUCCUACGUCUAUAUCCACGAGCCAUUGGUAUGCAGCAAUAACACCUCCAAGUGAAUCCUGUGACUCUUUAGCUUCACUGGCUUUGACAUCACCGAGGGAUUCUAAAGACACAACUGCAGGAGAGAUGUCCCCAAAAGUUGUGGAGCUUAGCGAAGAGUUGAUUUCCAAGCGGCCGUUGCGAUCGGAGGUCGAGAGAGAAAAGAGGCUGAGCGGACGCCCGUCCAGCGGUCAAUUCCUGAACAGUAUCACCCCGACUGCACUAGGAAACAACCUGGCGAACACUGUGUUGCAAUCUGCUGGUUCUGGAGAAUCUAGCAACAGGAAUUCAAUAGGUACUACGGAUUCAACAGCAAGUGAGGAAGACGCACGUCCUCCUCCAUUGCCUUUAAAACAUGUCACAACAGUUAGGGUCACCAGUGGAGAUAGUUUCAAUAAUGAUGACCAAGGACCCAUAUCGCCUCCUCCGCCUCCGCCUACGAGGUCACCAGAUAGGACUCCACCAACACCUCCACCUAAACCUUACAGACAAAGACCUGCAACUGUCGUUAGUAGAACAGAGUCUUAUGAGUAAUGGAUAAAUGGAUAAAUAAAUUUUACCAAAAUAUUUGACAUUUGAUGGAAAGUUACCUGAGUGUGCCAUUGUCAAAACUAUAUCGACAAGUAUUUUAUAUAAUUUUUAUUACUAAGACAAUCAUAUAUUUUAUUUCACUUGUAUAUAAGUAUUCGUAUACAUCAACCAGGCCUAAAAUAAUGAAUGAGACAUCAAACCUUAAGGGCUUCCGUAUAAUUUAAGGCCUACAGUUUUCUUUGCAGUGACGAGAGAAUUUUAGUCAUUCACCAAAGCCAUAACGAUAGAUUUUAUAUCUUGAUAGAAUAAAUUAGAUUAAUCAUAUGGUAAUAAACUUAAAUAAACAGUUUUAAUUAAUUUAUCUUUAUUAAUAAGUUCAGGUUUUGGAAACCUAAGGCCAGUGGCUUUUAUUAAGUAAUUUACAUACGAAAGGGUUUUCAACACCUGCAGUUAUCGAUUAAUGCCAUAUUGUAAAACAUAUCAAAGCCAUUUAUAAAUCAUUUAUAUAUUAAUAAACAAUGGCAUAUAUUUAUAUUUUAUUAUGCUUACCAAAGACUUAUUUUAUCAAUUUUAUUUUAAUUUUGACGUUAUAUGAAACAUUCAUGUACUUUUAUA